AUGCAUAGCGCGCGAGAGAUCUCAGCGCGUGCCUAUAACGCCCUGCGCUCACCAAGCCGAGAUCCCGGCGUCGCGCCAUUGCCCUUUCCGCACUCCCCCAUCCGCAUUUCCCCUUCCACAUCCCCCGUUCCGCAUUCCCCCUUCCGCAUUCCCCCUUUCCCGUUUCCCCUUCCACAUCCCCCGUUCCGCAUUCCCCCUUCCCCAUUCCCCUGUCCGAAUUCUCCCUUCCACAUUCCCCCAUCCGCAUUCCCCCUUCCGCAUUCCCCCUUCCGCAUUCCCCCUUCCGCAUUCCCCCUUUCAAAUUCUCCCUUCCAAAUUUGGAUUCCGCAUUCCCCCAUACGUAUUCCCCCUUCCGCAUACCCCCUUCUGCAUUCACCCUUCCGCAUCCCUUCUAUUGCGUUCCCCCUUCCGCGUUCCCCCUUCCGCGUUCCCCCUUCCGCGUUUCCCCUUCCGCUUUCCCCCUUCCGCGUACCCCCUUCCGCGUUCCCCCUUCCGCAUUCCCCCUUCCGCGUUCCCCCUUCCGUUUUCCCCCUUCCAUGUUCCCCCUUCCGUGUUCCCCCUUCCGCAUUCCCCUUCCGCGUUUCCCCUUCCGCGUUCCCCCUUCUGCGUUCCCCCUUCCGCGUUCCCCCUUCCGCAUUCCGCUUUCCACGUUCCCCCUCCUGCAUUCCCCCUUCCACAUUCUCCCUUCCGCAUUCCCCCUUCCGCAUUCCCCCUUCCGCAUCCCCCCUUCCGCAAACCCGCUUUGGCACUCCCUCUUCCGCGUACCCCCUACCGCGUUCCCUAGCCUGUCUCGAACUCACUCCCUCGUGCUUCCCGCCUGAUAACCCCAUAUUCCACCCAUGCUAG